UAUAACAGCCCUGAGCAGCCGACGAAGCCUGGAAACAAGAAAGACGCUGAGAUCUGAAUCUAGAUCUUAAAUAUGGACUAGAUCAGCAGCCUACUCGGAGCUUUGCUUCUACCCUUCUUUCCCUCUGCUCGCCAUCGACCGAACCACAGCCGCCGCCGCUUCCCCGGGGAUAAAAUGGCGACGGCCUCUUCCUUCGCCGCCGUCUUCAUCAGCAGCGCCAUCGCCUCCUGCUUCGCUGAGGUGUGCACCAUUCCUCUGGACACAGCCAAGGUGCGUCUUCAGCUGCAAAAGAAAACAGCUGCUGGGCCUGCAGCUACAGUAGGAAUGCUGGGCACAAUGAUGUCGAUUGCAAGGGAGGAAGGCGUCACCGCACUUUGGAAGGGCAUCAUCCCUGGCUUUCACCGCCAGUGCCUCUAUGGCGGUCUCCGUGUCGGCUUGUAUGAGCCUGUCAAAGCCUUAUUUGUGUUUGUAGGUGAUGCCACUUUAAUGAAUAAGAUUCUUGCCGCUCUUACAACUGGUGUCAUAGCGAUUGCUGUCGCAAAUCCAACUGAUCUUGUCAAAGUGAGAUUGCAAGCAGGUGGAAAAUCUACUGCCGUCAAGAGGCACUAUUCUGGAGCCCUUAAUGCAUAUGCCACCAUAGUCAGACAGGAAGGUAUCGGAGCUUUGUGGACUGGCCUUGGUCCUAAUAUGGCACGAAAUGCUUUGAUUAAUGCCGCCGAGUUGGCCAGCUACGACCAAUUUAAACAGAUGUUUCUAGGUCUUCCUGGGUUUACAGAUAAUGUUUAUACUCAUCUUUUAGCUGGACUCGGUGCCGGUAUUUUUGCUGUUUGCAUUGGAUCUCCAGUGGAUGUGGUAAAAUCAAGAAUGAUGGGCGAUUCAACAUACAGAAGUACAUUUGAUUGUUUCGCCAAGACAUUAAAAAAUGAUGGACUUGCUGCUUUCUACAAGGGGUUUAUUGCAAACUUUUGUCGAGUUGGGUCAUGGAAUGUGAUAAUGUUCUUAACUUUGGAACAGGUUAGAAGAUUCUUUCAGUGAGGAUUAUAUAUAAACUCUGCGCUGCAAGGUUUCAUGGAACAAGCUGGGUACAGCUUCUGGAGCAACAUACAUACACAAUCAUUCAGCAUAGGAUUCAGAUUUCAUUGUACAGGAGAAUGCAUUCUCAUGUUGUAAUUUGAUCUAUUUGAUGACUACGACCCAAUCAGUCAUGAGCAUGUUGUAAAUUGUUACUCCCUCCGUCCCAUAAUGUCAAAAAACGUCUUACAUUAUGGGACAGAGGGAGUAGCUUUUACCGAUGCCCACUUUAUUGGGUUAAUAAAUUCGAGAAGUUAUACUUAACAAACAUCUGCUUAUUUGUGCAAUGAGAUCAUAAGAAACUUACUUUAUAA